AUGACCUUGUUCAUUUUGACCGAGACCAGUGCUGGCUAUGCUCUCCUCAAGGCGAAAGACAAGAAGCUUCUCAAGCGAGAUGACUUAGCUUCCGAGACAGAGUCUGCGGAGGGUAUAUGUAGCCUGCUAAAAUUGAAAGACUUCCAAAAAUUCGACAGCGCAGCAACAGCUCUCGAAGAGAUCGCAGCUGUGGUGGAGGGAAAAGUAACAUCAAGAUUGACUUCAUUGUUGGAUUCGAUCAAGGAUGAAAAGAAGGUUUCCCUUGCUGUGGCUGACCCGAAAUUGGGAAAUGCCAUUGGCAAAAUACCGGGACUCGAACUCAAAGCUAUCGCCGACUCCACAACGCAAGACCUUUACCGAGCUAUUCGCAAUCAUCUACCAUCUCUCAUUCCUGGUCUCAUGCCCGACGAUGUCAACACCAUGUCGUUAGGUCUUUCGCAUUCCCUCGCAAGACAUAAACUGAAGUUCUCUCCCGAUAAGAUUGACACCAUGAUCGUACAAGCAAUCGCCCUUCUCGAUGACCUCGACAAGGAACUAAACACCUACGCUAUGCGGGUAAAGGAGUGGUAUGGUUGGCACUUUCCAGAAAUGGCAAAGAUAUUGAAUGACAAUCUUGCAUAUGCCAAAGUCGUUCUGAAAAUGGGCAUGCGAACCAAUUGGGAAAACUGCGACCUGGCAGAAAUACUUCCCGAAGAAAUAGAGACUGCCGUCAAAUCUGCGGCUGAUCGAUCUAUGGGCACAGAGAUCACACAAGAGGAUCUGGACAAUAUACAAUUGCUUGCUGAACAAGUUGUCAGCUUCACCGAAUAUCGACAGCAACUUGCAAGCUAUCUUUCAGCCAGAAUGACAGCUAUCGCACCUAAUCUAACGGCAUUGGUUGGCGAGCUUGUUGGAGCCAGAUUGAUUGCGCAUGCUGGUAGUCUGUUGAACCUGUCCAAAUCACCGGCUAGUACUAUUCAAAUUCUGGGAGCCGAGAAAGCGCUGUUCCGGGCAUUGAAGACCAAACACGAUACACCAAAGUAUGGUCUCAUCUACCAUGCGUCACUUAUUGGACAGGCUUCUGGCAAGAACAAGGGCAAAAUGGCAAGAGUGCUGGCAGCCAAAGCCGCCAUUGGUCUGAGAGUGGAUGCUCUUCAAGACUGGGGAGAGCACGAAGAGGACAUCCCUGAGGAUGAGAAGGCUGCUCUGGGUCUAGAAGCUAGGUUUAACCUCGAACGAAAACUCGCGGCCAUGGAAGGCAAGCCGCUGAGGCCAAGAGGCGUGGCAAUAGCACCAAAUGGUGUGGCAUCUACACAGCCCAAGAAAUGGGAAAUCAAGGAGGCUCGGAAAUACAAUCCCGAUGCCGACGCACUUACAGGCGAAGAGGCUCCUGCUGUUGAAGCGACCCCAGCCGAAUCGAUAAAGGACAAGAAGAAGGAAAAGAAGGAAAAGAAGCAGAAGCUAAUUGAGGAAGUAAAGGAGGUCAAGGAAGCCACACCCAGAUCCGAAACAGAGGAAGACGAGACAAUGGCUGAUGCUGCAGAAGAUGAAAAGAGCGACGAAUCAGACUCACAACCAGACGAGCCCAUAGACGAACGGGAGGCGGCUGUCAUAGCACCACCAAGCAAACCCGCAACCAAUGGCUUCGCAGCUAGAGAACCAUCCGAAGACGAAGCAGCACCUGCCCACUCCGACACCAUCUCUACCCCCUCUGAUGACACGCCCCCCUCGCCCGACUCCCCAACACAACAAGAACGAAACUGGCAAUCCUCUAUUCUCGGCAACACCAAAGAAGCGAAGAAACAGCGCAAGAUCGAACGUCACGAACGCAAACUCGCCAUGUCGGCGGAAAAAUCCAAGGAGAGGAAACUGCGGAACGAGAAGCUAGCGCGGCGGCUGGAUCGGAAAGAGAGGAGGGAGGCUAAAGCGGCGCAGGUGGACCGGAGGGAGAAGAGGGAAGAAGAUAUGUUUCUGGAGCCGGCGAGGAAGGCAGGGUUGAGCAUUACGAGGUACAAAAGGAAGUUGGAGAGGGGAGAGAUCAGAUUUGAGGAGGAUGGGACUCCCGUGGCGAUAUCAAAGAAGGAGAUCAAGAAGGCAAGGAAGAGGGCCGAGAAGGAGGCUGCAGAAAAGCAGAAGCUAAAAAGCAGCAUGAGAGAGGAGACGAUUAACGGAAGUGAAACGAAGAAAAGGAAGCGGGCUGCAGAGGAUGAAGCGGAAACGGAGGUGAUGGCUAAGUCGGAGAAGAAAAAGAAGAAGAAUAAGGAGAAGGCUUGA